CAAGACGACGGAUCCCUAAGAAGGGCUGGGGACCGGCUGGGCGUGGCUCCAUCUUCUAGAGGCCUGGGAUUUGGUCAGGCUCUCCUGUGCCCAGCUGCUGUCAGAAUCCAUCCGGGAUCUCAAAGACAACCUCUCCCUAGGACAUCCCUCAGCUUCCUAGUGUGACCUUAGACUUUGUCACUGAUGUCAGUUCUGAACUCUGACUGGCCCCACCAAGGAGAGAGCCUCAGCCCUCAGGAGCCAGGUCCACCGGCCAACUCAGACAGUGACCCAAGCCACUUGCCAGAGAAGUACCCUGAGGAGACUUCUGCUCAGGGUCCUGAAGUUCUGAGCUUGGGGCUCCCUGGCCUGGACACCCACGGGGCCCCCAACUGGCCUGAGCUUCGGAUCCUCCUACAGCAGCUGCCUCCACAGGACAGUGAUGAGCGCUACUGCCUGGCCCUCGGGGAGGAUGAGCUGGCCGAGCUGCGGCUCUUCUGUGCCCAGCGGAGGCGGGAGGCCCUGGGACAGGGGGUGGCCUGCAGGGUAUCUCCCAAGCUGGCAGAACACACCUGUGAGAAGUGCAGGGAGCGGCUGAGGCCCGGGGAGUACGGAGUGUUCGCAGCUCCGGCAGGAGAGCGGCGCGGCUGGCACCCGGCUUGCUUUGCCUGCCAGGCCUGCGGCCAGGCCCUGAUAAACCUCAUCUACUUCUACCACGACGGGCAUCUCUACUGUGGCCGUCAUCAUGCAGAGCUGCUGCGACCGCGCUGCCCGGCUUGUGACCAGCUGAUCUUCUCCCGGCGCUGCACUGAGGCGGAGGGACGGCGCUGGCACGAAAACCACUUCUGCUGCCAGGACUGCGCUGGGCCCUUGGGCGGGGGACGUUAUGCUUUGCCGGGGGGCGGCCCUUGCUGCCCCAGCUGCUUUGAGAGUCGCUAUUCGGAUGCCGGCUGGAGCCAGGCCCUUGCACUGGAAGGGAGGGCCUUGCUAGGGGAGGCGAGACUCGGUAGAGUUGAAGAGGGAGACUGCGCCCCGCUGGACGCCGCUACCAUCUCCCGGGCAGCCCUUCCCGCCGCUGCCUCCCGCUCCAGUCCGGGAACCCAGAGGGGACUGCUUAGAUCCAGUCCGGAACAGGAGGGUCGAGCUGGGGACGAGGCGGAGGCACCCAAAGGGCGGGAGCGGGGCCGCCUGGAGACGCCCCUCGAUGCCAAGCAGGAUGCCCCCUGCCCCACCUGCUCCUCUUCUUCUGACUCGGAACCCGAAGGCUUUUUCUUAGGCCAGCGCCUUCCCGGUCCCUGGAAGACCCCCGGAAGCCUCCAGGCUGGGGACGGCGACAACUCCAGGAAGCACUGCACCAUCUGCUAGUGGCGCAGCCUGGAGAAGGGGGAGGGGAUAUGAUGUUAGGUGGGAGAGCGAGGUUUUCCUCCUCCUAUAAAAAUCCUAGACUGAACGCAGUCUGGGGCACGCCUGGGAGAGGCGGCCAGAUCACAAACUUGGAGUGCUCGCUCUUAAGCCUGCGCAAUCUAUGACUUCUGAUGGAGACGUUCUUGGGGAAUCCCACCUCCCAAAGCUUCACAUCUCCUGCGGAACUAACCCCUAUGCCCACCCCUCCACCCACCCCCCCGGGACAGUCCCAUCCUCAGCAUCUUUCUGAGCCAAUGAAGUGAUCACUCAGAGACCACGUGUGGCGAUGCCCAGGUUGGCCAGCCCAAGGCCUAGAGGGAGCCGGAGGUGGGACGCCAUCCGGCGACAGUAGUGCGGGGCCGCGCUUCCCCUCUCGCGGCGGUCGUGGAGGCGGAGCCCGGGAGUUGUCCCUCUCCCCCAGGAGCCAAACCCAGCAGGAGCAGCGGCGCCCCCUGCCGCCAGUCGCCGGCGGAAGUGCAAGGCCGGAAGUUGCGUGCGCCCCCGGCGCCCUCACGGUUCGUCGGGAGAGUCCUUGCGGAGCUCUAGCGUGCCGCUAUGGCUUCCAGUGGAGUCGGCGUGAGCGCUGCUGGCGCGACAAAUGAAGCACCCGAGAUUCCGGACAACGUGGGAGAUUGGCUCCGGGGCGUCUACCGCUUCGCCACCGACAGGAACGAUUUCCGGAGGAACUUGAUCCUCAAUUUGGGACUUUUUGCUGCGGGCGUUUGGCUGGCCAGGAAUUUGAGUGACAUUGACCUAAUGGCACCUCAGCCUGGGGUGUAGCCAAAUAGACACAUGGAACCCCCCGUGCUGUAUUGAACCUUCCAAAAACAGAGCCUCCAAUCUGUGACUGUCACAAGACUUGCCCUGAUGGAAGUUGAAGUUUCAUACAGAGGGGCACCUUUCCUGCCCGACUGAUUUCCUUUUCUCCGUUGAGCCCGCUCAGAACUCCGUUCUCUGGUCAGCAGUCAGGUUUCAGCCAAAGUGUUGUCCUCUGUUCUGUAAAGUUCUGUACAUAGUUCCUAAGUUUCUGCAGGGGGUGAUCUUUGUGCUUGUCCUGAAGAAUAACCUAAUGGUAUUUUAACAAAUAUUUGGAAUAAAGACUGCACACAAAGAA